GAGAGAGAGAGAGAGAGAGGAUGGAGCAGGCAGGCUGGUAACCGGGCUGCUGUAACGGGGAUAAUCUGCAGCCUCCGUGUCUCAGGUGCUCUGAUGGAGUGAACCGGCCACCGAUGAGGCGCCUUUACUUCCUUUCUCUGUCGAUCAUGGAGAGGGUUCGUCUCUCAUCUCAGUGAAGCCUGGGCCGGGGGUCAGAGGUCAUCCACCAAACCUGCACUUCUCCCUCUUUAUCCCUGCACCCCCACCUCCACCCCACCCCUCCGCAUCCCUACACUGUUUCCCCCCCGAAAACCACUGGAACUCUCACCCACACAAUCACAGAGCUACCCCACCACCCCCCACCAGCACUGGUCUCUGGCCUGCCGCCCAAUCAGCUUGCGAGGAAAUAACCCCCGAACCGACGCAGUAACUUGUUGGCCCGUUUGAUGACGAGUCAGUGGUUCUAGUGUCCUACACAUCCUCUCAGAUAUCACCUCUCACACCCAGGCCUCAAGAUGAUGUGCGAGGUGAUGCCCACCAUCUCGGAGGACGGGCGCGGCGGAGGAGGCGGCUCGUCUUCCCCGGCGGGGGGCGGAGGAGGGAUGGGCGGAGGAGGGAUUGGAGGCAUUGGGGGCUACGGCAGCAGGGAUCCCCGUGGCGGUAGUGGUGGCGGCAGCAGUGGCAGUAGUGGAAGUGGAAGUGGCGGUGGCGGCAGCAGCGAUGAGGGUGGCAGCACGGGCAACCUGGAGUCGCUGAUGGUGAACAUGCUGACGGAGAGGGAGAGGCUGCUGGAGAGCCUGAGGGAGACCCAGGACAGUCUGGGGACGGCGCACCUCCGCCUGCGAGACCUGGGCCACGAGAAGGAGUCGCUCUCGAGGCAGCUGUCCAUCGCCCUGCCACAGGAGUUUGCAGUGCUGACCAAAGAGUUGAACCUCUGCCGGGAACAGCUGCUGGAGAGAGAGGAGGAGAUAGCAGAGCUGAAGGCGGAGAGGAACAACACACGACUGCUGCUUGAACAUCUGGAGUGCCUGGUGUCCCGUCACGAGCGCAGCCUGAGGAUGACCGUGGUGAAGAGGCAGGCCCAGUCCCCGGCCGGCGUGUCCAGCGAGGUGGAGGUCCUGAAAGCACUCAAGUCCCUGUUCGAGCACCACAAAGCUCUGGACGAGAAGGUGAGGGAGAGACUACGGGUGGCUCUGGAGCGAGUGGCGUCCCUGGAGGAAGAGCUGCAGUCUUCCUCUCAGGAGGUUCUGUCUUUAAGGGAACAAAUCAAGCGACGGCAGCAAGGACUAGACAACGGCAAAGAGCGGCUUCCCAACGGACCGUCGUCCAUCCUGGAUGACGCAGACAUCGACAGGCAGCGAGAGGGCGAGAUAGAGCGACAGAGGUCCGAGCUGGGACAGCUGAAAGAGAGACUGGCCCUCAUGUGUAGACAGGUCGGGGAGAUCGAGGAGCAGCUGACGUCCGCCAGGAGGGAGCUGGCCCGAUCGGAGGAGGCCAACCAGAAACUACAGAGGGAUGUGAAAGAGGCGCUCUGUCAAAGGGAAGACAUGGAAGAGAGAAUCACCACAUUAGAACGCAGGUACCUGAGUGCCCAGAGGGAGGCGACGUCUCUCCACGACACAAAAGACAAACUGGAGAACGAGUUGGCCAGCAAAGACUCUCUCUACAGACAGAGUGAGGAGAAGAACCGGCAGCUCCAGGAACGUCUGGAUGAUGCCAAGCAGAAGCUGCAGCAAACUCUGCAGAGGGCCGAGACGCUGCCAGAGAUCGAGGCCCAGCUUGCCCAGAGAGUGGCAGCACUCAACAAGGCGGAGGAGCGUCAUGGUAACUUUGAGGAGCGACUGCGACAGAUGGAGGCGCAACUGGAGGAGAAGAACCAGGAGCUACAGAGGGCGAGGCAGAGGGAGAGGAUGAACGAUGAACACAACAAGCGUCUCUCCGACACGGUGGACAAGCUACUGUCUGAGUCCAACGAGAGGCUGCAGCUCCAUCUGAAGGAGAGGAUGGCCGCUCUGGAAGAAAAGAACGCCUUGUCUGAGGAACUAUCGAACAUGAAGAAACUCCAGGACGAUCUCUUGGCGAACAAGGACCAGCUGAUAGCGGAGCUGGAGAGGAUUCAGCUGGAGUUGGAUCAGCUGAGAGCGAGGCCCGGGGGCUCUUAUUCCAGUCGCUCUCUGCCAGGUAGCGCUCUGGAGCUGAGAUAUUCCCACGGGAGCGGCUCGCUCCCAACAGGCUCGACCACUCACCUGGAUCCCUUCGGUAACGCCUCCGCUGGGGGCGUGGUCAGGCGGAGUCACCGGACCCGUUGGAGCUCCGCCAGAGAGGACUCCACCAAGAACUACAGUACUACUCUCUGUGUACAGUACCCAGACUGGGAGAGCGGGGCUCUGCUGGGUACCGGGUUUGAGCCGGGCUUAGAUGUGGGCUGCUCCGACGACGAGGAUGACGGGGAGCCUCGGUUUGGCUCCGAGCUGCUGUCCCCCAGCGGACAGACGGACGUGCAGACCCUGGCCAUCAUGCUGCAGGAACAGCUGGAGGCCAUCAAUAAGGAGAUCAAACUGAUCCAGGAGGAGAAGGAGAACACGGAGCUGCGGGCCGAAGAGAUCGAGAACCGGGUCAGCGUGGCGUUGGACAGUCCGCCCAUCCCUCCGUCCUCUCUGGGGAGAGACAGCACAGGACGGGGCUUCAUCCCCUCGUCCAUCACAUCCUCCACCCUGGCCUCCCCCUCCCCCCCCAGCUCUGGACACUCCACCCCUCGCCUGCCUCACUCCCCGGCCCGCGAGACUGACAGACAGAACAGCAAAGAUGAUGACCGGUCCCUCGCUCUUCUCGACUCUACGCCUCCCUCCACUCCUCGUGCACUGCGAUUGGACAGGAUGACCCUCACCCAUCCAGGAGCGAUGCUCGAUGACCCCCGGGAGUUUCGCAGUCUCUCAGCAGAUGGCAGCAGCUCCAACAGCAGCCAAGAUUCUCUCCACAAGUCCAGUAAGAAGAAAAGCAUCAAGUCUUCCAUCGGGCGGCUCUUUGGGAAGAAGGAGAAAGGACGGAUGGGCCAACCUGGGCGGGACGGGUCUUCUUCUCUUGCGUCUACGCCCUCUGAGGACAUGGCCUCUGGAGACCCGAUGGGGAUAAACAAGACUGGGACUCUGGGUCCAGCAGAUAAAGACCGCCGCAGCAAGAAGAAGCAUGAGCUACUGGAGGAAGCAUGUCGCCAAGGACUUCCCUUUGCAUCCUGGGACGGGCCCACUGUUGUGUCUUGGUUGGAGCUGUGGGUGGGAAUGCCAGCCUGGUACGUCGCAGCCUGUCGCGCCAACGUGAAGAGCGGCGCCAUCAUGGCCAACCUGUCGGACACAGAGAUCCAGAGGGAGAUCGGCAUCAGUAAUCCGCUUCACCGCCUCAAACUGCGGCUGGCCAUCCAGGAGAUGGUGUCCCUCACCAGCCCCUCCGCCCCGGCCAGCACCCGCUCUUCGACCAGUAACGUGUGGAUGACCCAUGCGGAGAUGGAGACACUGAACGCAGCCACCAAGCCUCCGGAGCUCAAAGAGUUCAGCUGGGAUCAGAUACUGGCCUAUGGCGAUAUGAAUCAUGAGUGGGUGGGCAACGACUGGCUGCCCAGCCUAGGCCUGCCACAGUACCGCAGCUACUUCAUGGAGUCCCUGGUGGACGCCCGCAUGCUGGACCACCUAACCAAGAAGGAGCUGAGAGGACAGCUCAAAAUGGUGGACAGCUUCCACAGGGUCAGUUUGCAUUACGGCAUCAUGUGCCUGAAGCGUCUGAACUACGAUCGCAAGGAGCUGGAGAGGAGGAGAGAGGAGAGCGUCCACCACAACAAAGAUGUGAUGGUGUGGUCCAAUGAGCGUGUGAUGUGCUGGGUGCAGGCUAUCGGUCUGAAGGAGUACGGCGACAACCUGCGUGAGAGUGGCGUCCACGGGGCUCUGCUGGCUUUAGACGACACCUUCGACUACACUGACCUGGCCCUGCUGCUGCAGGUCCCCAAUCAGAACACACAGGCCAGACAGCUCCUGGAGCAAGAGUACAACUCCCUCAUCUCCAUGGGAACCGAGAGACGACCUGAUGAGCAGGAUGGAGCGAAGACGUUCACCCGCUCGCCCUCCUGGAGGAAGAUGUUUAGGGAGAAAGACCUCCGGGGCGUGACCUCCGACUCCGCCGAGACCCUGCCUGCUAACUUCCGUGCCUCAGCCAUCUCCACGCCCUCCGUUACCCUGAGAAAGGUUCAGAGUGAUGCCAGCUCUGGUGCCCGGGGUGAAUCUGCCUCAGUGAGGACGUACUCCUGUUGAGGGGCUGAGGGCGCUGACUGGAUUGGGACUAGAGGACCCUCUCGCUCAUCCACGGAGAAAGAAGCAAUGAAUAUAACCAUUUAUCUUCAAAAUAAAUCUAUCGGUCUGACCAUUCUGCAAUAACAGAAGCAAAGGAAUAAAGGGGAAAAUGACAUGAAGAAUGUAUGAAUGUAUUUUCCGCCCAGACUGGGAAGGUUGAAUGGGAUCAGCUGUUUUCUCUCUCUGUCUCUCUCUUCCUGUCCUUCUGUCUUUGCUCUUCCUCUCUCUCGGUGUGACUGUGCUGUGGGGUUAAUGAAGGACAACACCGGUGUUGCUUCGGUUUGUUUCCCCCCUCUCUUCAUUCCUGUCGGAGUCUGCACACAGUCAGCAGAGUUGGCAAUAUCAGGGCUCAUUUUCCUACCUUCAGAGGAAACCACUACUUGCUGCCAUUUAUUCUCUUACAGUUUGAAAACAACUAAACGUGUCGCCUUAUAACUUCUGCUCAACAACAGGUGUUUUUAAUGAGAGCCAGGGCAGAAGUUAACCUCACCGUAAAGUUUGAAAAACAAGAGGAAUGACUGGAAGGAUGGUAAAAUUGUAAACUGAUUGGGGGACUGGACAUAAACCGGUUAAACAACACCGGUGUUCUCCUUCCUGCUCACGGUGUCUAGUGUCAGCCAUUGUGGCUCUAUUGUUGGCUUCUAUGGUCCAGUCAGGGGGGUCCAGGUGUCCCCAAUUGGUCGUGGUGGUGUAGUAAAACACGUCCGAGUUCAGACCGACCACAUCAGAGGGUCCCUCCUCAUGCUUUGUCUAUUGGCACCUUGAAAGCCGAUAGGCUGAGUAAUAAUCUCUUUUGAAGGGACCCCAUUAUAGAGAUCAAAGGCUCAGAGGUGGAUGGGACUGGGUGGAGCGAGGCCACGGGCAUUGUGUUCAUGAUGGCGAUGGCAGGAAAUCCAUAAAGUGUUGGUACCACUUUCUGUAAAGGCUGAGUUUAUAACUUUUAAAGGGGCACGCCGCAGAUUUUCUCAUAUUUUACAUCAGGAGAAUUACUCAGCCUGUAAAAACAGUUGUAUAAUGUCUUCUGUGGUGCUGCACAAGCUUUCCAGAAAGACUCUACUGAGUUGCAUUACGGGAAAUGUAGGAUCCAGCGUUUUUGAAGCUUGACUCAUACAUCACGCAGGCACAUAUGGGUACUUCGCAAAAAGUCAAGGCCGUCCCCCCUUUUGGGGGAAGAAAACCCAAGAGCCCAUAGACUUCAGUGCAAUUUAACGUGUGUUUUGUGCGUCAAAUCUCAGUUCUGAAAGCCUCGGUUAACCCGCUACACAACAGCUUUUCAUCAUUUUCUCUCCUGUGACAGCGAGUUUCUGUCCCCCGAAAAGGGAGUGCAGCCUCGGCGAUGAUCUUUUUUAGGACACGGCAGGGGAACAAAUCAAAGAUGAGUUUUGGGAUUUAUUGUUGGUGCAACCAACUACACAGCAACUCUUCGGCAUAGCGCUAUUACCAUCAGCGGUUUGUUUAAAGUAGAAGUUUGGAGACAUUCUUCUGUUUACUGUGUUGCCGUUUAUGAGGGAAACGGGAUUGUUUUCCCCCAAAACGUAUUGCCGGUCUGAUGUAUACUGGGGACUAAAAAGUCAGGAUAUCUCGCCCUCUGAUGCUUCGAUCUUUACCAAUUUCUUUUUUUUUUAUCUGUGAGGUUCCCAACUUGUCUCCCAAGUGCAAUACUAAAACAAUUGACCACCCAUUGACUAAAUAAUGUAUAAAUAGAUCAGUAAAAAAGCUGUUAAUAAAGACAAGUUUUGGGUUGCCAAGUUGUGAAAUAUCCAUUUAGAUGGUGUCAAAUAUGUGUCCAUUACCUUCUUGAAAAGGGUUCUUAUUAUCCAAUUAUCAACAUCAUAACAACUUUUAUAACUGCAGACUUUGGUAGCAAAGUAUGAGGAACUUCAUGUAAAAAGUCACAAGUUUUCUGACUUAAUAAUGAGAUAUGUGUGUCUGUGGUCCAAAAUGCAGUUUUAGGGAUCUUCCUGAACAAAAAUCUAGCCGUUUGGAGUUUAAAAUGUCAAUAAGUUGAUAAUAAAUGGAUUAAAGAGCUAGUUUAAAAGACAAUUUUUCUCAACCUUGCAACCCAAAAGUUAUUUUUAAUAAUAUAGUGUCUCAUAACUGGCCUAUAAAUAAGUUUAAUACAAAUUGAAAGAUGAUUAACAUGAAAUAAGUUGAACAUGUAGGGGAUAGUAGAGUAUGUCUUAUAAGAAAGUGGUACCAAAGUGUUAUGUUCUAUAUUUAGUAAGGCAUGAGACGUUGAGGUCAGACUUUAACACCACGAUGUUGUCGUGAGCGUCAUGACUGGUAAUCAUCAGCUCAGGGUGUUGGGUAAUCCUGAUGAUGGGAGAGAGGGAGCAGAGAGACAAAACAGCGACUCACAGGGAAGAGAGAAUAAAAGUGAGAGGAUGGACAGAAGCCGGUCAUUUUACUGCACACACAAGCCAUAACAGAAACCAAGAGCUCUCUGAGGAGGAGGAGGAGGGUGAGAUCAGAGAGAGGCAGCGAGAGAGGGCGAGCCCGAGGAAGCCCAGGAAACUAAACCUUUAGCCUCUGUGUUUACGAUGCAUGUCAAACAAACGACAAUGACCUAAAAACAUUUUUUUGGUGGUGAAGAUAUGAGGUGUCUUUAAAAAAAAUAUAUAUCUGUAUGAUAAACCUACAGGGGUUGGGAGCCUGGGGAUCAAUUUGUAAAAUGUGUGUAUUUUUUUCAGUUGUAUUUUUUAUUUUUUACGAUAUCUAUUUAUUUUCUUUAGGUAUGUAUUGGAUAAAUGUAUGUACAUGUUCCGUUCCUUCUCGACUUCAUUUGAACUAGUUUUAAAAGUAAAUAUGAAACAUUGAAAAUGGUCAUUCAAAUACGCUACUGUAUGUGUACAUUUUGAGAACAAAUUGUGCAAUGAUUUAACAGAUUUCCAUGAUUAAAGUGAUAGUAAUACAAAUUGAAAAUAUCAUCUGGAAAAUAAACAAUAAUGAUGAUGAUGAUGGUGAUGUAAAAGAAAAAAAGAAAAUAAAGCGAUCCAGGUGGAUUUGCUGAUCAUCGCAAA